CUUGAUAUUGUUUUAAAGACAGCAUUUAUUGAAAAGGAAUCUAAAAGAGUGGCAAAUGAACUACUCAGAAGCCUUUUUCAGAAUGGACAGGGUUCCAAACAAGGUGGAACCCUUUCUUCAAUCAUGAGUUGGGUUUCUUCUGGUGGAAUUGUUGGAUCUCCUCUUCUUCCUGGAACUUCUUGCCCUGAAGGUCCUUGGUUUGCUUUUUUUGCUCUUGAGAUUGAACAGGAGGAACUGGAAGAAAAAACUGGUUUAUGGAGAGAAGUUCAGAAGGAACUUGCUUCAAUGACUGGCAAACCAUCAGUUGAUGCUGCACUUAAGAAAGCCUGUCAUACUCUCAAACGACCUGUUCCACCCUCAACAAUGCUGAGCAUAUAUCGCUGGUCGCAACAGGCUCUUGACACACCUUUAGAUCAUCCACUGCUUCCUCUGUUCUGGCAAAAGUUCUUUUUACAGUUUUUAGCUCGGAUUCCCUCACCUUCAGGUCAAGGAGUUGGAGGAGUUGGCCCUAAGUUCUUUGAGGGUAUGCUAAACCUUAUAUACUUGAAGCGUAUUAAGAAGAAGUUACAAGAAUGCAAAGAAUACUACUGGACAUCAAUGGAUGAGUGUAAAGCUGAAGAUGCUGAGAGACACUCAUGGCUUGAAAGUACAUCAAAGAUGAUAUGGACUUUAGGUGUUUGGCUUGAGGAGCCUCGGCUGCAUGAAGCAACUCUUUACCUGCCUGCUUUACCGCCCCUCUACAAUGCAGAAAAAUUAGCUUCUAUUCUUCAGGGAGAUAAGACACUGUGGCUUGAAUUUUUGGAUUACAAGUCAAUUAUAGAGGAACAGAAAAAAUCGGCACAGCAAUGGGAAUCAUCCCAAUUUCGUACCAUUUGCCCAAACUCUCCCUCUGUAGAUUCAAAACAAUUACCUGUAUUCAGCCAUUCUCGAGAUGAAGGAAAGAACCCUAUUGAACGCAUUUUGAUGAGACUGCAAUCAUAUGAUACUCCUAAGGGGCCACCUGAUCUAAAAUCUAGCAAAGCUGUUCUUCCUCCACUCAAGCCUGAGACAUUUCAAAGUCAAAAUGCAACAUUUGAAGCUCUUCGAGAAUCACUCCGUAUUGUAUUAGAAUAUGCUCAGCUUUAUGCUCUCCGUAUGGCUGAACACAAUGCACUUGAUUGCAGCUUUUUACAAAUUGUACCAUCCCUUUAUUCGGAUGUGAAGACUGAAGUCACACUUCAGGCUACAUGUCAAAGUGAGGGAUAUGCCAAUAGCCAUCACAAUACUGUGACCUGUGCUGGUCCUGCAACUAUUCGUAUAAAAAUUCGGGAAGCCCGUGUCAGUGAAAGGACAGAACACAUGAUAACUCAAAACCGCACUGACUGUGAAGCCCUCAUAACAAGAGCAAUGCAACCGCCACCACUCAAAGUCUGUGCAAGCAGUGUUCAAAUUGAACAGUCAAUCAAAGGCCUUACUGACGAAUAUCUAAGCUUACAAAAUCAAGGGGUUACUGAAGCCCAAUCUGCUCAUAGAGUACGUAAUGUUGGUGUGGAGCUCUUCUAUCAUUUAGUCUCAAGAUACAAUGAGGAUCUUGCAGUAUACCCUCCCACUAAACAGUUGUUCACCACUUGCUUGGAAAAUUUGGGACAGGUAUUCAUCAGUGGUGAAGAAUGUGAGUGUGAGCGCCUUUUAUCAUGUAUGGUUCAGCACCCCCGCCUUGCUGGGCUUUUGGGACCUCAUUUUACACCAACUGUUGCCGCUACCCCAGUUUUUCUUACCAUGUACAAGUCUGUGGUGGACGUUUCUGUUCAGCCCAACUCUGAUCUCAGUUUUGUGCUUCUUUCAAAGUUUGAUAUUGGCCAAUGGCUGGCAGAAGGAAAACCAACACUUAGUGAAUGUGAUGAGUUUAUUGAUAGUGUUGGCAGGGCAUUAUCUGCCAUUGGACCAACACCAGCUGAAGAAAAACAAAUUCUUCAUGAAAUGUUCUGCAAUCACUUACGCCUUGUUUUAAAACACAAAUUUCCUCUGCACUUCAAUGCAUUAAACAAUGAUGAAACAACAUCAAAAUAA